AUGGAAGCUGCGAGAGCUGAUGCGUUAGAACAGAGGAUGGGUAACGUCGAAAAUACUUUGGAUGAGAUUCGAUUGUUACUACGUGAGCGAAGUCGACCUCGACAAAGGCAAGGAAGGACACGUCGGAGACCGUCACCUACAGAGGAGGGCAAUAGAAGUGACGGUAGCAUGGUAUCGGGAGAAUCGCGUCCUCGUUUUCCCAGGUACCAGGGACACCGACGUAAGCUAGAGAUCCCGAUAUUCAAAGGGGAUGAUGCUUAUGGGUGGUUGGUUCGUAUUGAACGGUAUUUUCGUUUGAAUGAAGUACGCGUUCGUGAUAAGUUAGAUGCAGCUGUGAUCGCCUUAGAGGAUAAGGCCAUAAAUUGGUUUGUGUGGUGGGAAGAACAAACUGCAUCAAGGACUUGGGAUGAGUUUAAACUCUCGCUGAUUAGAAGAUUCCAACCAGGAAUUCUUCAAAACCCACUUGGUCCAUUGUUGAAUCUGAAACAAAAGGGGACAGUUAUGGAGUUUAGAGAGCAAUUUGAAACGUUGGUAGCUCCAGAAAAGAAUGAUGCUUUGAUGAAACGAGGAGCUGGAGGAAAGGAGAAGGGGGAAUGGAAGGAUAGAGGCGGUGCAGUAAAGUUUAGAGACCCUGGUGAUUUUGGAGGAGCCAAGAGAGAUAGUGAUAAGAGGGGGGCUGUAGGUGGAGAUAAUUUCAAAGGCAAGUGGUUGAGUUCGGCAGAGUUGGAAGAUAGGCAUAAGAAAGGACUGUGUUUCAAGUGUGGAGAUAAAUGGGGCAGAGAUCACACUUGCAAGUUCAAACAUAUGAGUUUGAGGCUAUGUGAUUGGAGUAGUGAGGAAGAGAAGGAGUUGAUAGCAGAGGAGGAGAGUGGAGAGGAAGAGCCAGUAAGGGAGUUAAAAAACCUACAGUUGUCAUUACACAGCAGAGAAGGGUUCACUUCCAACAAGUCCUUCAAGGUGUGGGUGAGAGUAGGGGAAAGACAAGUGAGGACCUUGAUUGAUUCAGAUGCCACUAGUAAUUUCAUAACAUCUGGAUUAGUGAAAGAAUUGAAAUUGCCAGUAGUUGAUACACCCACCUAUGUCAUCGAAGUGGGGAACGGGGAGAAGGUGAGAAACAAUGGUGUGUGUGAAGGUUUACAAUUCAACAUUCAAGGGGUUGAAUUUAAACAACAUUUUUUCAUUAUGGAACUGAGUGGUUCAGAAAUGGUGCUUGGUAUGGACUGGUUAGCAAGCUUGGGCAACAUAGAAGCUAAUUUUAGCAAUCUUUGUCUGAAGUGUGAAUUAGAUGGAAAAAAAUACACCAUCCAAGGAGAUCCAACUAUGUGCAACAGUCAAGCAACUUGGAAGACAAUGAUUAAAGCUUUGCCUGAUGAGGGGAUGGGAUUUUAUAUACACACGAUCAGUGGUGAUGCAACAGAAGUAGUAGAAGGUGGAGAUAGGUCUGAAUGGGGGAAGGUGAUUAAUGAAUUUGCUACAGUUUUUAACAUGCCCUCUGGAUUACCACCAAUUAGAGAGCAUGAUCAUGCUAUACUGCUCAAGCCAGAUGCCAACAUUCCUAAUCUGAGGCCAUAUAGGUACCCGUAUUAUCAAAAGAAUGAGAUAGAGAAGAUUGUCAAAGAAAUGAUGCACGCUGGUAUCAUAAGGCACAGUACCAGCCCAUUCUCCAGUCCAGUUUUGCUAGUGAAAAAGAAAGAUGAAGGGUGGAGAUUUUGCACUGGCUAUCUCAGGACUUACAAAAAAAUUGCUAGUGUGGUGUAUUAG